AUGGAGCCGUUCCGGGCCACGCCGGAACUGCACGGCCGCGUGGCCGAGCAGCUGCUGCGGCGUUACUCGGCGCUGCUCGAGCUGCACGCACGUCGGCUGGAGGCGGCGUCGGCCGGCGCCAGGGGCGAGCCGGCCGCCGGGCUGGACGAGGGCGAGGCCGAGCUGCAGCUUGCGCGCCUGUUGCCCACCCUGCAGCGGCUGUUGGCAUUCGCCGAGCGCGGCCGCCAGGUGGCCGCCAACCUACUGCAGCAGCUGACGGCGCUGCACGACCCGGCGCGUCGCCAGCUGACCACGGCCGGGUACCACCUGCAAGUGCUGUUCGAGCACCUGGGCCAGCUGCUGGCCGCCCUCGCGCUGCUCGACGACCUGGUGGCGCGCCAGGCCGUGCUGCACGAGCAUUACGCGCUCUACAAGCUGCUGGUGCGUCGCGCGCGGCCGCAGCCCGAGCCAUUUGGCCUGGACGCACAGCGCGUGGCACUGCUGGAGAAGCUGCUGCGCGACCUGGACACGCGCGUCAUGGCGGCCGGCAUGCUGCACGCGACACUGCAGCAGCCGCUGACGGGCUCGGCUGAGGCGCGCGCCGUGCUUACCUGUCGGCCGUUCCACGAUGAGUUCCUGCUGACUGUCAACAACCUGAUGCUGCAACUGGAGCAGGAGGAGGCCGACCCGGAUCCGGACAUGCCCGGUUUGGUGGGUGUGGCCGCACUGCUGGCGCUACAUGCGCGGCUGGCGCGCCACGCCGACGCGCGCGCCAUCAAACGGCUGUGGGCGCUGCAACGGCGCCGGCCGCCAGUGCUGCUCGGGGGCGGCCAGGUGUGGAACCUGGACGCCUUCCUCGGCACGCACCUGCCCGGCUUUGACCAGCUGGAGUUACUCAAGGCGUUGCAGGAGGCGGCGGAAUCGAGCGACGCGUGGGUGCGGCUGACGGCGCGCUGCGCAGCGCAGCACGCGCAGUUCCGCGCCGUCCGGCUAAUAGAGACUCUGCGCGACCCGGUCGCGCUGCUGCGCCACUGCCGCCACCUGUCGGCCGGACGCCUGGUGCGCCUCUAUGAGGACGAAUUGGUGGCGGCGCUGCGCGCCAAUAUGCUGGAGCCGCUCUGCGCCGACGUCGAGACGGAGCUGCGCCUGGACGUGCACGCCCACCUGCAGCUGGACGAUCGCAAUCCGUUCAAGGUGGGACUGCGCGACCGACGCCGCCUGUUGGCCGAACCGCCGCUGCGGCUGCCCUCGCGCAGCGUGAGCGUGCGCCGACACUGCGAGCGCUACCUGGAGCGCACGUUUUACAACCUGACGGCGGUGGCGCAGCACGACUGGCGUACGUACGCCGAGAUGCGCCACCUGGCGCGCCUCAAGUACGGCCUGGCCACGUGUGAGCCGCACCUGCCCGGCCAGACGCUGGAGCAGGGCCUGGACGUGCUGGAGGUGAUGCGGAAUAUCCACGUGUUCGUAGCGCACUAUGCGUACAAUCUGACCAACCAGUUCUUUGUGGAGCGACAGAGCAACAACAAGCACCUGAACACGAUCGGCAUCACGCACGUGGCCAACUCGAUCCGCACGCACGGCGCCGGCAUCAUCAAUACCACCGUCAACUUCACCUACCAGUUCCUGCGCAAGAAACUGAACGUGCUGUCGCAGUUCCUGUUCGACGAGCAGAUCAGCUCGCGGCUGGCGUCGGACGGCCGCCGCUCGGUGCACUCCGGCGGCAGCCGCUACCCGUACGAGCGCGCCGAGCGGUUCGAGCGCGCCAUCCGAGGACUGGGGGUCAGCGGCGACGGGCUCAGCUACCUGGACCGCUGUCGGCAGCUGGUGACGCAGCUGGGCGGCGCGCUCGGCUUCGUGCGCCUCGUGCGCUCGGGCGGUCUGCACUGCGCCAGCGCCGCCCUGCAGUUCGUGCCGGACCUGGGCCGCGGCGGCGAGUUCGCGGCGGCGGCGGAGCGGGCCGGCCUGUGCGCGGCGGUGCGCGACGCCGCCGAGACGCUGGACGCGUGCCUCGCCGACCUGACGGCCAGCGGCGACCAGAACACGGCCUACUUCCGUCUGCUGGAGGAGGCGUUGGCGCCGGCGCUGCGCGACCCGCGCAACGCCCACCUGCGCGCUUUCCACCUGCUCGUGCCGCCUCUCUGCCUCAACCACGUGCAGCAUGUGCUGGCCGCCAAGGAGCGGCUGGCGAAGGGCGCGCGCUCAGGCGCUCUGUUCACCGAGGACGGCUUCGCCAUGGGCGUCGCGUUCCUGCUCAAGCUGCUGGACCUGAACAGCGCGUUUGACGCGCUCUACUGGUUCGAGGAGGUGGCGGCGCACGGGGAGCGCGAGCGGGCGGCGGCGGAGCGGCAGGGCAGCGGCGAGCCGGCCGACGACAAGCUCCAGCAGGCGAUCGGAUUGACCCUGAGCCGGCUGCGGCAGGCGCGCCGCCAGUACGACCUCGUCUUCUACAACCUGGCGGCGGCGCGGGUGUUC